AUGCAACAGUCACCGGAUGUACAACAUGAUUCUGAAGGUAGUGAAAUAAAACCUGCAAAUGAAAAUAAUGAUGAUAUUCAAGCACCACCGCCAUCAUAUCCAAGUGUUAUUCAUAAAUUAGAACAAUAUACAUCUCAAAAUCAUGAUCAUCUUCCACCACCAAAUUAUUACGAUGUAAAUAAUCCAUCUGUUGUUUAUAUUAAUAACUAUCCCGGGCCACCAUUAACAGACGGUACGGUACAAAUCGUAUCUUCAUAUCCUGUGCCACAACCUGAUGGAGUUACCAUGAGAAAUUUUUUAUCAACAAGAAUGCGAAUUUUUUUAACUAUUAACGGUAUAAUUACGAUACUCUUUGGUAUUGCUACGAUUGGAAUACAAGUUGGAUUGUUAGUAUCACAUUCAAUUGUUUAUUAUUAUUAUGGUUUUUGGGCUGGUAUUCUUAUUAUUAGUAUUGGUAUAGGCACAAUUGUAUUCAAUAAUCGUUAUCGUACAUAUGAUUUAGCAAAAUAUUUUCGCUCAUCUCUAUGGCAAAUUGUAUUUAUUGCUGUUGUUUUUGGUUUUGGCAUUAUUAUUAUAUUAACAGAUACAUGUGAUAAAAAAGAUACCGACGAUGAGGGUGAUGACGACACAUGUAAAACGUCAUAUAAAGUUCUUAAUGGCUUAUUAAUAGCUAUUAUUGCUUUAACAUUUUUACAAUCUAUUAUAAAUACAUGUAUUAUUGCAUUUCUUAAAAGACGAUAUUAUACAAGCCCGAAUACAACUUCUUGA